AAUAUGAAGAUAAUUAAAAAAUUAAAAAAUAUCUUUAAAAAACAAAAAACAAUUAUUUUGAAUUACUUGCUUAUUUGCUAUUUGCCUCUUAAUACACACACACACACACACACACACAUAUAUAUAUAUAUAUUGCUUAUUUACUAUUUGCCUCUUAAGAUACACCUCAAAUUAGGGAAUAAAACUUUGGAAUGAAGUUAGAAUUAAGUGCAAAACGUAAAUACAGAAAUUAAGGGCUUCCCGCGCUCGCGCGCGCGCUCUCAACCCUCUGCCCGCAUCUUCUCGCGCUCGGACCCCGCGUUCGUUCCUGCAGGUCGCGAGCAGGCCGCCCCCAAGCGGCCGCAGGUGGAGGCGGCGCCAUGGCGGAGCAGCGGUCGCCCGGCGAGGCGGAGCAGCAGGUGUGCGCCUUUCUGUUCAGGAAGCCGGGGCGCUGGGGGGCUGCGGGCCGCGGGAAGCGUUCACGGAGCGAGGCCGCGGGCCUGGAGGGCCUGGAGGGCGGCGGCGGCGGCGGCAGCAGCGGCGACGAGGGCAGCACGGUGGUGCGGCCGGAGAGGAAGCGCGCGGCGCACAACCCCAUGAUCCAGAAGACGCGCCGCAGCGCCCAGUCCCGGGCCGGCGGCGGCCGCGGGGAGCCGAGCAGCGGCGAAGAGCGGGACGAGGGGGAGCCCGAGGGGCUGGGCGUCGUGUACAAGUCCACCCGCUCGGCCAAGCCCGUGGGCCCCGAAGACAUGGGCGCCACGGCCGUGUACGCGCUGGACACCGACAGGGAGCGCGACGCGCGGGCCGUCUUCGAGCGCAGCCAGAAGCUCCAGGAGCAGCUGCGCGGCCGCGAAGACGACAAGCUGUACCGCGGCCUCCACAACUACCCGCACUUCCUCCCGCCCAAGGACUCGGCCCUGGGCAACGCGGCGUCGGGGCUGGUGCGCAAGGGCCCGAUCCGCGCGCCCGAGCACCUGCGCGCCACGGUGCGCUGGGACUACCAGCCCGACAUCUGCAAGGACUACAAGGAGACCGGCUUCUGCGGCUUCGGCGACAGCUGCAAGUUCCUGCACGACCGCUCCGACUACAAGCACGGCUGGCAGAUGGAGCGCGAGCUGGACGAGGGCCGCUACGGCGCCGAGCUCGACGACGACUACCGGGUGGCCGGCGGCGGCGACGGCGACGACGACCUGCCCGUCCGCUGCUUCAUCUGCCGCCAGCCCUUCCGGGACCCGGUGGUCACCAAGUGUCGCCACUACUUCUGCGAGGCCUGUGCGCUGCACCACUUCCGCGCCAGUCCGCGCUGCUACGUCUGCGACCAGCAGACCCACGGCGUCUUCAACCCCGCCAAGGAGCUCCGGGCCAAGAGGCGCAAGGCCCGCGCUGCCUCGCAGGCAGCGGCCGCCCAGGGCGGGGCCGACGAGGACGACGAGGACUAGGAGCUCCCCGAGACC